UGUCGAACGAAAAUGCCAACCCUUCCAAAGGAAAAAUGAAAUAUUUUGCUCCACAAGCUAAUGCAAAAUGUUCUUCCUGCCAAGAAAAUGCCAGAAAACUAGACACGAUUAUUGAUAUUUUGGCGGAGCAUAAAGUUUUACUGGAUCGUGUUAUUUCUCAGAACGCAUUUGUGGACAAUAUUAUGACAAUUUUUCCAAUUGAAUCGGAAGAAAAACUUCGAGAAUUUGAUCGAAUUCUCGCAACACAAGCAGAUCUAUAUACUCGACAAAUGAAAAAUCUCAUUGCAGGUAACGCUGAACGUAAUUUGCAUAAAGUAUUUGGAAGAAAUAUUAUUAUGGAUUUUAAUGUUGACGGAACUUUCGGGAAAAAAGGUCUACGAGAUUUUGGUAAUGUACUUGCCGCCAUAAUAGAAGUUAUAUCAACAUUUAAUAAAUUACCUGACAAGACUUUACGAGCAGCGUUCCAACGCCAAAAGAAAAAGUAUUUUAAGAUCAACAAACGAAGCAGGCGCACCGAAGAAAAGGAACAAGAUGAAAAUGAUGAAGAACCACAAAUUUAACUGAAUGUUUUUAUGUUAUACUAUAUAAUUUUAAAAUCCUAGUUCUAACACUAUUCAGUUUUAUUAAAAAUAAGACAAGGUUUGGCCAGCCUUGAAAAAAGUGAGCUAUAUAUGUAAUCCAUUUCUUAAUUUAUUACCUUGCCUAAAAUUCGCAGACUGUUUUAGAUUAAUUAAAUAUAUUGUGUGUAGAUUGAACUGUGCUUUACUUUUGUUUUUGUUACUUAAUAACUGCGUUAAAAAUGUAACGUUGUUAAAUACUUAUUCUAUUACAAGCAUUUUCCUAAAAAUCUCAAAUGACUAUUUGGUUCGAAUGCCUCCAUAUGAUCUCGAAAGGACUAAUGGUCUUCUAGUGUUUAUUUGGUUCAAAUGUCUACAUAUAGCUCAGGAUACCCAAUAAAAUGCAGUGAUUAUUUGGUUCAAACGUCACCAUAUAAACUUAAAAGAUCUAAUCUUUUUCUAGUGAUUAUUUGGUUCAAAUGUCUACAUAUAGCUCAGGAUACCCAAUAAAAUGCAGUGAUUAUUUGGUUCAAACGUCACCAUAUAAACUUAAAAGAUCUAAUCUUUUUCUAGUGAUUAUUUGGUUCAAAUGUCUACAUAUAGCUCAGGAAACCCAAUAUAAUGUAGUGAUUAUUUGGUAUACACGUCAUCACAUAAUCUCAAAAGAUAUAAUCUUUUUCUAGUGACUAUUUGGUUCAAAUGUCACCAUAUAGUCCCAAAAGAACUACUUAGUCAAUAUAGUCAAGGUCUACUGGUACUUCUCCUAUGACAAGCCUAUGUUAAAUGUCCAUAGGAAAUUACAUUGGUUGUGGUAUACUUUUUCACUAGUACUAGCGACAAUGUCACCAGUAAAACACUACAAUUUUACUAAAGCUGCUCGCUGCAGGGUAUUUAAAA